AUGCCCGUCGCAGACCACUCUAGCGUUCUCCACUUUGUGGGUGAGUCCGGUACUCCUGUGCGCAAGCCUGCACUUGCCGAGCUGGCAGGCGCUGCGAUACUGAUUCCUAUCCUGUCAACUCCCUCAGGUGGAAAUGCUCUCGAUCAAGCGCCCGCAGGCGCUGUCCCAGACUUUAUCCGCAAGCACGAAGGGCACACUGUGAUCACAAAGGUGCUCAUCUGCAACAAUGGUAUCGCUGCUGUCAAAGAGCUCCGUUCCAUCAGAAAGUGGGCAUACGAGACCUUUGGAAAUGAGCGUGCCAUCGAAUUCACAGUCAUGGCGACGCCUGAAGAUCUCAAGAUCAACGCAGACUACAUCCGUAUGGCGGACCAGUACGUCGAAGUGCCUGGCGGCUCCAACAACAACAACUACGCCAACGUCGAUCUGAUCGUCGAUAUUGCUGAGCGCAUGCACGUUCACGCCGUUUGGGCUGGCUGGUGAGUUUGCAUGCGGCAGAUCGUGCAGACCAGGAAGCUCAUCUCCGACCCAACGUAUAGGGGCCACGCAUCUGAGAAUCCGCGAUUGCCUGAAGCAUUGCGAGCAUCGAGCCAGAAGAUCAUCUUCAUCGGUCCUCCAGGCUCCGCGAUGCGCAGUCUUGGUGACAAGAUCAGCUCAACCAUCGUCGCACAGCACGCUGAUGUGCCCUGCAUGCCUUGGUCGGGUACUGGCGUCAAGGAGACCAUCAUGAGCGAGCAAGGCUUCCUCACCGUUUCCGACGAAACGUACCAAAGGGCAUGCAUACACACCGCCGAGGAAGGUCUCGAGAAAGCGCAAAAGAUCGGGUUUCCUGUCAUGAUCAAAGCCAGCGAAGGAGGUGGUGGAAAAGGUGCGUCAAUUUUUCAAUCUAAGCGUUCGAGCAUUUCCACUGAUUGCUGCGUCGCGCUCACAGGUAUCCGUAUGUGCAGCGACGCCGAUACCUUCAAGCAGCUUUACAAUGCAGUGCUAGGAGAGGUCCCAGGCUCGCCCGUCUUUGUGAUGAAACUCGCUGGUAAAGCGAGACACCUAGAGGUGCAGCUCAUGGCUGAUCAGUAUGGCAAUGCCAUCAGUAUAUUUGGCCGUGACUGCAGUGUCCAGCGGCGCCACCAAAAGAUCAUCGAAGAAGCACCCGUCACCAUUGCGCCAGAGGCUGCUCGCGACUCUAUGGAGAAGGCGGCAGUGCGGCUCGCGAAGCUGGUCGGCUACGUCUCAGCAGGCACAGUCGAGUGGCUCUACUCGCCCGACAGCGGCGAGUUUAGCUUCUUGGAGCUCAACCCGCGUUUGCAAGUCGAGCAUCCCACAACCGAAAUGGUCUCUGGCGUCAAUAUCCCAGCCGCCCAGCUGCAAGUGGCUAUGGGUAUUCCACUGUACCGCAUCCGGGACAUUCGAACGCUGUACGGCAUGGACCCUCGUGGUGCGGAACCGAUCGACUUCGAAUUCAGUGAUCCUGAAAGCUUCAAGACUCAACGCAAGCCACAGCCUAGAGGUCACGUUGUCGCCUGUCGUAUCACCGCAGAAGAUGCAUCCGAAGGCUUCAGACCCAGCAUGGGCACGGUCAGUGAAAUCAACUUCAAGGGGUCCGGAAACUGCUGGGGAUACUUUUCCAUUGGCGGUGCCGGUGGUCUUCACGAGUUUGCCGACUCUCAGUUCGGUCACAUUUUCGCAUUUGGUACAGAUAGAUCAGAUGCCAGGAAUCAGAUGAUUCUCGCUCUCAAAGAUCUCAACAUUCGUGGAGAAUUUAAAAACACAAACGAGUUCCUGCUGCGACUCCUCGAGACCGCAGAGUUCACAAAGAACCACUUUACCACCGGAUGGCUGGACUCUCUGAUCAAGGAGCGCUUCAGCGCCGAGAAGCCCCCGCAAGCAGUCGCAGUUGUUGCUGCUGCCGCCGUCAAGUUCUACCUCGCCUCUCGAGAAUGUGAGCUGGCAUACAGCGCCAUCCUCUCGAAAGGUCAAGUGCCUCCAAAGGACACCAUCAAGACGUUUUUUAGCACAGAAUUUGUUUACGCUGGCGAAAAGUACUCUUGGGCCGGCAGUCGUGCGGGCAAGAACUCCUACUCGCUCUUCCUACGCGGUCAACGCGUGCUCGUCGAUUUGCAGCCCCUGUCUGACGGAGGUGUGUUGAUGAAACUAGGUGGCAAGAGUCACACCGUCUACUGGCAGCAAGAUGCUGCGGCACUCCGAGUCAUGAUCAACCAGAAGACUGCGCUCAUCGAGAACGAGGAAGAUCCCAGUCAGCUCAAGAGUCCUUCUCCAGGCAAGCUCGUCUCCAUUCUGGCACCCUCCGGCACCCACGUCAAAGCUGGCCAGCCUCUGUGCGAGCUAGAGAUCAUGAAGAUGCUCAUGCCCAUCACGGCUGCAGAAGACGGAUUGAUCACGUGGCUUCGAGCUCCUGGAAUUACCGUUGCACCAGGCGAGCUUCUCGGCAUCUUGACCCUCGAUGAUCCAUCCCGCGUAGUCCAAGCCACACCGUACACUGGUCGACUUCCUGACUUUGAUCUGCCAGUCGUUGUUGGUGCCAAGCCUCACCAGCGCUUCGACUUCAACUUGUCCAUUCUGAACGACGUCUUGGCGGGCUAUGACCGUCACUGGCAGCCUGCUCUUAUCGAGCUCCUCGAGAACCUGAGCGAUAAUCAGCUUCCUUAUGGUCAGGUCAACCAGAUCCUCUCGACCCUGUCUGGACGCAUUCCUGCAAAGCUUGAAGAACUCUUCAGAAGCACAAUCGAGACGGCUCACGCGCGUGGCUCGGAGUUCCCAGCAGCGCGUCUGCGCAAAAUCAGCGACAGCUUUGUUAGGGAUAGCGUUGACCCUGCAGCUGCUGUGCAAGUUGCACGUUCCCUAACUCCGAUCACCGUCGUGCUCGAAGCUCUCUCUGGUGGUCCGCAAGGCUAUGCAUCCGCUAUCCUUGCAUCGCUGCUAGAGCAAUAUCUCGACGUCGAGACUCGCUUCGCCGGCGAGUCCGACGUGGUGCUGACACUUCGUCAAGAAGCGGAAGGCGACUUGGAGAAGGUCGUGGCAAUGCAGAUCUCGCACAAUGGUAUCGCUGCCAAGAACUCGCUACUGCUUGCCAUCUUGCAGCAGUACGGAAAGGGCUUUGCAUAUGCCAAGUCUGGUACCGCUGCUGCAGACAAAGUCAUAGACGUCCUUCAUCGCUUAGCGGCACUCCAGGGCAAGUCUACUGCUCCGGUCGCUCUCAAAGCGCGCGAAGUAGCCAUGUCGCGAGACCAGCCCAGUCUCGAAGAGAGGAUGCGACAAAUGCAGAGUAUUCUUCAAGGAUCCGUCCAAUCGGUCGUUUACGGGACUGACAGUCAGGACUACCACGAACCUCAGGUCCCUCUACUUCGCGAGCUAACGGACAGUCAGUACACUGUGUACGACGUCCUUCACUCCUUCUUUGGCGGCCCCAACGUGGAAACUCCUAUCGCCUUUGCUGCGUUGGUCACCUACGUUCUUCGUGCUUACCGCGCGUACGACGUCGUCAAGUUCGCCUAUGCUGUCGAAGAAUUUGACGUCGAGCAGCGUGCAGUCCUCAGCUGGCAGUUUCAAUUGCCGGAUCAUGCCGAUCAUCCUCAUGAGCGUCAGGCAUCUGCUGGCGAUCUUGCGGCGGCUGCCAAAAGUAUGACUGGCAGUCGCCAAGUCCUUCGCACCGGUGUCAUGACUAGCUGCGCCUCUCUCCACGAUCUCCGCGAUGUCUUUCCAAAAAUCCUCAAAUAUCUGCCCAAGGAAGUCAGCGGCGAGCCGGUGCACGUCUUGAACGUUGCCGUCACUGACGAGCCCGACACCAAGGAUGAAGAAGCUAGAACUGCUUUCGCCUCCCUCGCCAAUCGCUUCGCAGCUCAGCUCAGGAGUGCAGGUGUGCGCCGUGUGACCUUCCUUCACUGCCAGCCUGGCUCGUAUCCUUGGUACACAACGUUGCGACCGGACCAAGCCAGCGGCGAGUGGAAGGAAGAGACGACCAUCCGAAACAUAGAGCCUGCUCUCGCAUAUCAGCUCGAGCUUGAUCGGCUGACCACAAAUUUCGAGAUCACGUCGGUACCCAUCACUUCUUCGACCAUUCAUCUCUACUACGCACGCGGCAUUGCGAAUCCGACCGACGCUCGCUUCUUUGUGCGCUCCUUGGUCCGCCCUGGUCGCGUGCAGACUGGCAGUCUCGCCGAUUACCUCGUGUCUGCUUCAGACCGCAUCGUCAACGACAUUUUGAAUGUGCUGGAAGUUGCGCUCGGCAAGCCAGAAUAUCGGACUGCGGAUGCUUCCCACAUUUUCAUGAGCUUCAUCUAUCCUCUCGAAAUCACCUUGACCGACAUUCAACAAGCGCUCUCAGGAUUCAUUGAGCGUCACGGUACCCGCUUCUUCCGCCUUCGGAUCACCGGAGCCGAGCUGCGAUUCGUCAUGAAGAACGCAAACGGAUCCACCACGCCGAUCCGCGCCUUUAUCACCAACGAAACCGGAUUUGUCGUGCGAUACGAGGCUUACGAAGAGGUGAUCGACGACGACGGAAGUGUCCUUCUGAAGAACGUCGCAGGCCCUGCUGUGCCUGCCUCUCUCCACAUGCAGAGCGCUCAUCAGCCAUACACGACCAAGGUGGCUCUGCAAGCUCGACGCUCGCGUGCACACGCACUGCAGACCACCUUUGCAUACGACCUUGUCGACGUCCUGCGUCAGGCUCUGCGAUCUCAAUGGCGCAAGCAUCCCGUCGGCAAGGUGCCAUCAGACCCUCUGCAAUCUGUGGUCGAGCUGGUCUUGGACGAAAAGUCCGGCGAGCUGCAUCAAGUGAAGAGGGCACCCGGUAGCAACAACAUUGGCAUGGUCGCUUGGCUGAUCGACCUUCUCACGCCAGAGUACCCCGAGGGCCGUCAAAUUGUUCUCAUCGCCAACGAUGUUACCAUUCAAGCGGGAUCAUUCGGUCCAGCAGAGGACCACUGCUUCGCUGCUGCAUCUCAGCUGGCACGCGAGGUGGGCAUUCCGCGCCUAUAUGUCUCUGCCAACUCCGGUGCUCGCAUCGGCCUCGCCACAGAGGCAUUGGACCUUUUCCGGGUCAAGUUUGUGCAAAACGACCCGACAAAGGGCUUCGAAUACUUGUACCUCGACGAAGCUGCACUUGCAUCGCUGGGCGAAAAGAAUGCUUUGGAUAGCGUCAUCACCAGCCCUCGCACAGCUGACGACGGCACUACGCACCACGUGCUCACCGACAUUGUCGGCUUGCAACGCGGUCAGGGUGUCGAAUGUCUCUCCGGGUCCGGUCUGAUCGCUGGCGAGACCAGUCGAGCUUGCCAGGAGAUUUUCACUGCUACGAUCGUCACGGGACGUAGUGUUGGUAUUGGUGCUUAUCUUGCACGUCUUGGAGAGCGUGUCAUCCAAGUCGAGGGCUCGCCUCUGAUCCUGACUGGAUACUCUGCACUCAACAAGCUCCUCGGCCGCGAAGUUUAUACCAGCAACCUUCAGCUCGGUGGUCCGCAGAUCAUGUACCGCAACGGUGUCUCGCACUUGGUGGCUGCCGACGACCUUGCGGCGAUGCACCAAGCCGUCCGCUGGCUUGCCUUUGCUCCAAAGACCAAAUCGAGCGCUUUGCCCAGACUUCUCUCUCCUGCCGACCCGUGGGAUCGCGCUGUCACGUACUCCCCGCCCGCAGCACCCUACAACCCUCGCUGGCUUCUUGCAGGUGCGAGACUGUCCGAGAUCAAUGGAGGAACACCCGUGACGAACGGCCACUCGUCUAGCGCUACUCCACAGUCGCCGGGCGAGGAGUGGGUCUCUGGUGUCCUCGACCGCGAUUCCUGGCAGGAGACUUUGGGCGGAUGGGCCACAUCCGUCGUUGUAGGACGCGGUCGCCUUGGCGGUAUCCCCCUGGGGGUGGUGGCGUUCGAAACGCGCACGCUUGAGCGCGUGGUUCCCGCCGAUCCGGCUAAUCCUAAUUCGAACGAGCAGCGCAUUCUGGAAGCCGGCCAAGUCUGGUAUCCCAAUUCGGCUUACAAGACCGCUCAAGCGAUCAAAGACUUUAACCGCGAAGGUCUUCCUCUCCUGAUGCUGGCGAAUACGCGAGGCUUCUCCGGUGGUCUUAGCGACAUGCACAACGAAGUUCUGAAGCAAGGCAGUCUCAUUGUCGAUGCUCUGGUAGCGUACAAGCGCCCAGUCUUUGUCUACCUACCACCCAAUGCAGAGCUUCGUGGGGGUGCCUUUGUAGUCGUUGCAACCACAAUCAACCAACAGGGCAAGAUUGAGAUGUAUGCCGACCCCAGCGCCCGUAUGGGCGUGUUGGAGCCUGCUGGUCUGGUCGAGAUCAAGAUGCGAGCAGAAGCUCAGCGCAAGCUCCAAGCUCGCUUGGACCCGGCCUACGCCAAUCUCGCUGCCAAGGGCGACAAGGAGGCUUUAGCCAAGCGCGUCGAAGAGACCAAGGCCGUCUUCCACUCGGUCUCGGUGGCCUAUGCCGGUGAGUGGUCGUCGUAGUGCUAGCGCAUGCACGCUGUUACUUAUCUCGCGCAUCACAUGUUCCCCAACGCAGACCUCCAAGACACUCCACAGCGCGCCAAAAUUGUCGGCUCUAUCAACGACGUUGUGGAUUGGUCUGACUUUCGUCGUUUCAUGGUGAGCAAGCUGCGUGAUCUCGGUGUGGCGCUUUGCUGACAGCGAUCUGCUCCCCUACAGUACCUCCGUCUGCACCGUAGACUGCUCCAAGACUCGAUCGCCGACAGCCUCAAAGCCGCGAAUGCUGCUCUCUCACCUGCUCAGAUCGAAGGAAUCAUUGAAGAUGUCAUCGGCAUUGGUCUUGGUGACUUGGACGAUGGCCCUAUCGCCCGUCAACUCGAAGAACAGGUAUCAGCGUUCGAGGCAAAGGCCAAGCAGCUCAAGAGCCAGGUGGCCCUGGACACUAUCAGCUCGCUCGCGGCUUCAUUGUCAGCCGAGCAGCGCACUCAGCUCAUCAACACUCUCCGCUCUUGA